GCGAGCGAGGCGGGGAUGGCGGCGCGGCUCGCUGCGCGCCGGGAACCGGGGGCUGCCGGCCGACGCCCAUGGCUGCUGCUGGCGCCGCUGCUGCUGGUGCCGCUGCUGCUGGCGCGGCCCGCCGAGGCCCUGGUGGAGGGGCUGUACUGCGGCACGCGCGACUGCUAUGAGGUGCUGGGCGUGAGCCGCUCGGCCGGCAAGGCGGAGAUCGCGCGGGCCUACCGCCAGCUGGCCCGGCGCUACCACCCCGACCGCUACCGGCCCGAGCCGGGCGAUGGCCCCGGGGGCGCGCCGCCGAGCGCCGAGGCUUUCCUGCUGGUGGCGACCGCCUACGAGACGCUCAAGGAUGAAGAAACACGGAAAGACUAUGACUACAUGCUGGAUCACCCGGAGGAAUACUAUAGCCAUUACUAUCACUACUACAGCAGACGCCUAGCCCCGAGAGUGGACGUCAGGGUGGUGAUUUUGGUCAGUGUGUGCGCCAUUUCCAUGUUUCAGUAUUUCAGCUGGUGGAAUAGCUACAAUAAAGCUAUCAGCUACCUAGCCACAGUGCCCAAAUACCGCAUCCAGGCAACAGAAAUUGCCAAGGAGCAGGGACUGCUCAGGAAAGCCAAAGAGAAAGGGAAAAACAAGAAGUCCAAAGAGGAGAUCCGGGAUGAGGAGGAGAGCAUCAUCAAGAACAUUAUAAAAAGUAAGAUAGACAUAAAGGGGGGCUACCAGAAACCCCAAGUCCGAGACCUCCUCCUGUUUCAAGUCAUCCUGGCUCCUUUUCACCUGUGCUCGUACAUAGCGUGGUACUGCCGGUGGGUCUAUAACUUUAAUAUCAAAGGCAAAGAAUACGGGGAGGAGGAGAGACUCUACCUCAUACGCAAGUCUAUGAAGAUGUCCCAGUCUCAGUUUGACAGCCUGGAGGACCAUCAGAAGGAGACGUUUCUCAAGCGGGAGCUUUGGAUAAAGGAGAAUUACGAGGUCUACAAGCAGGAGCAAGAGGAAGAGUUAAAGAAAAAGUUGGCGAAUGACCCUCGGUGGAAGCGCUACCGGAGAUGGAUGAAGAACGAAGGGCCUGGACGGUUAACAUUUGUGGAUGACUGAAGACGGAUCUCGGGAGGCUGCCUUGCCGAACCGGAAGUGUUUUCAUAGCAGUUACGGGGAGCUGUGUCUGCUGCACUGAGCAGUAGCCGAAGUUCAUGAGAAUCUGAUUAAACAAACUAAUGUAGAAAUUCAACUUUCCCAUCAAACUUUAUACAAGAGACAUUUAUGAUGUUCAAUUUUUAUAAUCUAUUUGUGGAUUUUGUUAAAAAAGAUUUGACAUGGGGAUUUAUUAGUUGCCAUUUAAAAUUUUUAUAUGUUUAGUUAAAUUUGACAUGAAAUUUAUUAGAUACCAUUUAAAACUUCUGUGUGAAGUGUUUCUUCUUCAAGAGUGUUUCCUUAUGUUUUCAUAAUGCUACAUUUUUCUGCUUUCCUGGUCUCUAUUUUUACAAAACAACAACAACAAUUACAACAGUA